AAUGGCCUGUUCGCUUCAGCGAGGUUCAAUCUUCCUCUUCAACUAUCGACCCAAAAAAAAAAAAAAUCUUCCUCUUCAACUAACUUCAUCCCAUAAUCCUACCUCAACCACCGUCACCAAACCCCACUUCCUUUGUUUUCCUCUUUCUUCCCAAUCUCACCAACUUCUACCACCUCCUCUAUGUCAUGGACCUGCAUCCCGAAACCGCAACGACCUCCUCUCCCACCUUCGCUUCCAUCGGCCGCAGGAGCCUCAAGGACAUGUCCAUUUCCGAGCUCAUUUCCGUUCUGCGCGCCGAUUUCGACACCGUUGAAGAGGUUUUGUUGGCCACAGACGCCAAACACAAAGCUGAGAUCAGUCCACUUUAUGAAAAGAUCGAAUUAGAGAGGCUAACGAGGCUUCGACUGGAAUCGGAGCUGAAGACGAAGCAGGAGGAGCAGCGUUGUCACAAGUGUGAGAGAAUACAAGAGGGUUACGAAAUGUUGCUUAAGGAAGUGAAGAAGAGCGGGUUGACUGAUUAUAAGAACAAUGCUAUUAUUGAAGAAUUAAGGAACACGAAUCGAGAGUUGGAGAUUCAAAAUAACAAAGCAACUGAUGAAUUGGCUACGAUUAGGAUCAGAUGCAGUCAAUUGGAGAAUGCAAGGAUUGUGAGUUUGGCUACCAUUGAGAAGCUUAGGGUUGAGAAUUGCAAAUUGAGAAAGGAAUUGAAUAAAGGGGUUAAUUUUGUAGUCAAAGAUGAACAAGACAAGGAAUUCAAUGAAAUGGAUGUUUGCGGUUCUGCCUCUUUGCAAAGAAUUAAAGACAUUGGUCAAAGCCAAUCUUCAUCAGGUGGACUGUUCUUUAAAGUGUUGGAUAUGGAUUCAUGCAACAAUGUGUCAGGGGAUGCUGCAUUUGAAGCUGUUGCUGAGGUUUACUCAGAAAGUGAUGACGAUGGACAUUUAGAACCAGUUCCUAGAAUGGAGUUUGAUUCCUUAGAAGCUGUUCAGACAUUUUACAAGAGGUAUGCCAGGCUAAUUGGUUUUGGUUGGAAGAUCAGGACCUCGAAAAAAGGGUUUGAUGGGAGACCAAAUUAUGUGGUACUUGCAUGCACUCGUGGGGAUCGCCGUGUAUCUAGUGUUGACUAGAUCAA